CUCGGGCCCAGCGUGUCGUGCACGCGCGUGUUCGCCUCCAGGUGGGGCCGCGGUUUGGGGCUGCUGGAGGCGGUUGUGGGUCGGGACAGCGCCAUCAACGUCCCCAACAGCGUCAUUGGGAUCGUCUUCUACAGCCUGCAGGCACUGCUUGGCGCGGUGCCGGGCAGAGCCUCCUCGGCGGCGCUGCUGGUGACGUCGGUGACGUCGGUGGUGGCGUCGCUGUACCUGGCGCUGGUUUUGGCCUUCGGCCUCCACGACCUCUGCGUCGUCUGCCUCAGCACCUACGCCGUCAACGCCGCCCUCCUCUUCCUCAACUGGAGGCGCUGGCGGCGCUGCGGCCGAAGCACCGGCCAGAAACGUGACUGACGGCGACGACGUGGCGACGGCGACAACAUGGCGGCGACGACAACACGGCGGCGGCGACACGGUGGCUACAACAUGGCGAUGGCAACAUGGCAACGGCAAUGUGAUGGCGACAUGGCGGCGGCGGCGAUGACAUGGCGGCGACAACGACGUGGCGACGGCAACAACGGCAUGGCGGUGGCGACAGCAUGGCGACGGCAACAUGGCGGCAGUGACAACAUGGAGGCGAUGGUGUGAUGGUGACAACAACAUGGCGACGACAACAUGGCGGUGGUGACAACAUGGAGGUGACGGUGUGAUGGCGGCGGCGACAACAUGGAGGCAAUGGUGUGAUGGCGACAACAUGGCAGCAGUGACAACGUGGCGGCGACAACAGCACGGCGAUGACAAUGUGAUGGCAACAACAUGGCGGUGACGAUGUGGCAGUGACAGUGACACGGCAUCAGUGACGACAUGGUGGCGACAACAUGGCAGCAACAACGUGGAGGUGAUGGUGUGAUGGUGACAACAUGGCGGUGACAGCAUGGAGUCGACGACAUGGCGGUGACAAGGUGACAACGUGACAGUGACAACAUGGCGGUGGCAACAUGGUGAUGACAAGGCAGUGACGUGACGGUGACGACAUGGCGGUGACAACAGCGACAACAUGGCGUUGACAACUUGACGUUGGUAACUUAACGUUGACAACGUGGUGGUGACAACCUGACGGUGACAACAUGGUGGUGACGGUGUGACGGUGACGACAUGGCGGCGACAGCGUGAUGGUAGCAACGUGGCAGGGACGACAUGGUUGUGACAGUGACAAUGUGACAGCAACAGCAUGGUGGUGACGGUGACAACGUGACAGUGACGACACAAUGGUGACAACGUGACAGUGACAAUGUGACAGUGAUGACAUGGUGAUGGUGACAACAUAACGGUGACACCAUGGUGGUGACAACGUGACAAUUAUGUGAUUGUGACACUGUGACGAUGACAGCGUGACAGUGAUGCGGUGACGGUGUGACAGUGACGGCAUGACUGUGACAACGUGAUGGUGACAACGUGGUGGUGACAGCACGACAAUGACAAUGUGAUGACGGUGACGGCUUGCUGGUGACAACAUGGCGGUGAUGGUGUGACAGCGUGACGGUGACAACAUGGCAGUGAUGGGUGGCGAUGACACCUGGGUGGUGACAGCAUGGCGGUGACGUUGUGACGGUGACAACAUGGCGGCACUGGUGGCUGAGGGCUGAAGGAUUGCGGUGUCUUUUUGGGGUUGCGGUGGGAGGGGACAAAGUUUUCGCCUUGUUGUACCCCAAAUUGGGAGGGAAACAACGCUUCCAUGUUGGUUGUACCCCCAAAAGUGCUCUGAGAACCCCAUUUCCUUCGGCUGUUCCCCAAGAAGUGCUCUGGGAAUCACA